CACUGCUAGACCUAAAGGGCAAGGAAAUAAAGUUUCAGUGCAGAAUGGUUCUAUUCAUCAGAAAGAUGCUGUGAAUGAUGAUGAUUUUGAGCCAUACCUAAGUAGCCAGACAAAUCAGAGUAACAGCUAUCCACCAAUGUCAGAUCCAUAUAUGCCUAGUUAUUAUGCUCCAUCUAUUGGAUUUCCAUAUUCUCUUGGGGAAGCAGCAUGGUCCACAGCUGGAGACCAGCCUAUGCCAUACCUGACAACUUAUGGACAGAUGAGUAAUGGAGAACAUCAUUAUAUACCAGAUGGUGUUUUUAGUCAACCUGGAGCAUUAGGAAAUACUCCUCCAUUUCUUGGUCAACAUGGAUUUAACUUUUUUCCUGGUAAUGCUGAUUUCUCUACAUGGGGGACAAGUGGAUCUCAGGGACAAUCAACACAAAGUUCUGCUUAUAGUAGCAGUUAUGGCUAUCCACCUAGUUCUCUUGGCAGAGCUAUUACUGAUGGACAGGCAGGAUUUGGCAAUGAUACUUUGAGUAAGGUGCCUGGUAUUAGUAGUAUUGAGCAAGGCAUGACUGGACUGAAAAUUGGUGGUGACCUGACAGCGGCAGUUACAAAAACUGUAGGUACAGCUUUGAGCAGCAGUGGUAUGACUAGCAUUGCAACCAAUAAUGUGCCCCCAGUUAGUAGUGCAGCACCUAAACCAACUUCUUGGGCUGCUAUUGCCAGAAAGCCUGCCAAACCUCAACCGAAACUGAAGCCUAAGGGCAAUGUGGGAAUUGGGGGUUCUGCUGUGCCACCACCUCCUAUUAAACACAACAUGAAUAUUGGAACCUGGGAUGAAAAGGGGUCAAUGGUUAAGGCUCCACCAACCCAACCAGUUCUGCCUCCUCAAACUAUAAUCCAGCAGCCUCAGCCAUUAAUUCAACCACCACCAUUGGUGCAAAGCCAACUGCCUCAACAGCAGCCUCAGCCACCACAACCACAGCAGCAACAAGGACCUCAGCCACAGGCCCAGCCUCACCAAGUGCAGCCUCAACAGCAGCAGCUGCAGAAUCGCUGGGUGGCUCCUAGAAACCGGGGAGCUGGCUUCAACCAGAACAAUGGAGCGGGCAGUGAGAACUUCGGUUUAGGUGUUGUACCUGUCAGCGCUUCGCCUUCUAGUGUAGAGGUGCAUCCAGUGUUGGAAAAGCUAAAGGCCAUAAACAACUAUAAUCCCAAAGACUUUGAUUGGAACCUGAAGAAUGGACGUGUGUUUAUAAUUAAAAGCUACUCUGAGGAUGACAUACAUCGUUCCAUUAAAUACUCUAUCUGGUGUAGUACUGAACAUGGUAAUAAGCGUUUGGAUGCAGCUUACCGUUCUCUGAAUGGGAAAGGCCCACUCUAUUUACUCUUCAGUGUGAAUGGUAGUGGACAUUUUUGUGGAGUGGCUGAAAUGAAGUCUGUUGUGGACUAUAAUGCAUAUGCUGGUGUCUGGUCUCAGGAUAAGUGGAAGGGCAAAUUUGAAGUUAAAUGGAUCUUUGUGAAAGAUGUUCCCAAUAACCAAUUACGGCACAUUCGCUUAGAAAAUAAUGACAACAAACCAGUAACCAAUUCAAGGGACACUCAAGAAGUACCCCUAGAAAAAGCAAAGCAAGUGCUUAAAAUAAUUGCUACUUUCAAGCAUACCACCUCAAUCUUUGAUGACUUUGCACAUUAUGAAAAGCGUCAAGAAGAAGAAGAAGCCAUGAGAAGGGAAAGAAAUAGGAACAAACAGUAACCACAGUAUGAAGAUGUCUUGUUCAAAUGACAACACUAAUGAUGUAGACUCUGGAAAUGCCUAAUAAGUCAAAGAAGACGUUAUUAAAGCUUUUUUUCUGCUUAAGGUGACAUCUUUGAACACUUUAACACAAAAUUGACUCUUCUUGUAAUGGUUUUCAUCAGCGCAUCUGCCCUUAUACUCUCACCAAACACACUUGAGAACUGUAACUUUGUCAAGCACUUUUGUCCUGAAGCUUUUACCAGUAUCUGCUGUCUUUCGUAAUUAUGCAUCCUAGCUAAGGCACAGAAGACUGAAUGAAUGCAAGGAUUCAUUAACUUGGAAUUUGUUAAAUACUAACAGUUAACCAUUAGAAGUGGUUCAAUGAUGUAAGAGUCACACUGCUUCAACUUUUUCUUUGUUGUAGUUUUUAAAUUAUCAAUUUUUAGCUACUUGACAAGAUUAAAAGCAAAAUAAUCAUGCCAUAUUUAGUCCUGGAGUUCAAGUCUAAAUGUUUAUGUGAAAAAAUACUGUAGUAAACUUUUAAUAUGGCAAAGCAACCUUAAGCUCUAUUUUAGCCAAAUGAAACAUAAUCUGAAAUAAUAUUAGAACAUCUCCCUUGUCUUCAAACUGUUUGGUGUAACAGAAUAUUGAUAUGCAGCUUGGUGGAUUUCACCAGUUAAUGCACAUUGUUCUCUCCUCCUUUCCCCAGUUAUAUGUAUACUGAGAAAUGUGCAUUUGUCUGAGGAGUUAUUUUGUUUCUACCACUUAAUGAACCUCAAAAUUUUGAGUAAAUGUACCUCAGUCUAAUCAGACUUUUUAUGACCUUUAUAACUACAUUUAAAACCCUUAAUUCCUAUUUCUGGGUGUUUGCGAGCCUGAUUGCUAUCAUGAAGUAAAAAUUUUAUUAUUCUAGGUAUUCACUAGCUAAAUAAACAUAGUUCUUGUUUAGCAAGCAUAUACUGUUCCUCAACUCUCUUCUCCAGCUUUUGCAGUGUCCUGGCAUCCUUAAAAUACUUUGAAAAUAUGGCCUUGAUCCAUGAAUUAAAUCAGUAUCUAAGUGAA